AUGGUCAGGGAAGGACGUGCCGAGUGGAAAGCCAACUACUUCACUCGUAUUUUGGUAAGCUUGUUUUUCUUCUGUUGACCUUGUGACUUUAGGUAUAAAUGAAAAAUUUUUAUCUGUUUGACGACGAUUUCUGUUUGAUUUUAGAGUCUGUUCGAUGAGUACCCAACCUGUUUGCUCGUCGGAGUCGACAAUGUCGGUUCCAAGCAGAUGCAAGAGAUCCGUGCCGCGCUUCGCGGUCACGCCGAGAUUGUCAUGGGAAAGAACACCAUGAUCCGCAAGGCCAUCCGUGGACAUCUCUCCGAGAACCCCAAGCUUGAGAAACUCUUGCCUUAUGUCGUCGGAAACGUCGGAUUCGUCUUCACCUCCGAAGAUUUGGGAGAGACCCGUAAGAAGUUGUUGGAGAACAAGCGUGGAGCCCCCGCCAAGGCCGGAGCCAUCGCUCCUUGCGAUGUGAAGCUCCCUCCCCAGAACACUGGUAUGGGACCUGAGAAGACCUCUUUCUUCCAAGCCCUCCAGAUCCCCACCAAGAUUUCCCGUGGUACCAUCGAAAUCUUGAACGAGGUCCACAUCAUCAAGGAAGGAGAGAAGGUCGGAGCUUCCGAAGCCGCUCUCUUGAACAUGUUGAACAUCCAACCCUUCUCGUAUGGUUUGGCCGUCCAACAGGUCUACGAUGAUGGUUCCAUCUACUCCCCAGAAGUCCUCGACCUCACCACCGACGAGAUCCGCAGCCGUUUCUUGGGAGGAGUCCGCAACGUCGCCGCUCUUUCUUUGGAGGUUGGAUACCCAACCAAGGCUUCCGUCCCUCACUCGGUCGCCAAUGCCUUCAAAAACUUGCUGGCUGUUGCCGCUGCCACCGAUGUUACCUUCAAGCAGGCCGAGAAGGUAAGAUUUUUUUUAUGAUACUUUAGUUUAGUAGAUCAAUCUGAAUGUGAAUGACCGUGACUAACUUUCAUCCUAUUUUCAGCUCAAGGAAUACCUGGCCGAUCCAUCCAAAUUCGCCGCUGCCGCCCCUGCUGCUGCUGCCACCAGCGCCGCUCCAGCCAAGGCCGAAGCCAAGAAGGAGGAGGUCAAGGAAGAGUCCGAAGAAGAGGACAUGGGAUUCGGUCUCUUCGACUAG